AUGCACUCAACUGGGUCUGAACUGCCUAUUGAAGGCUCUCCACCCGUGAAACCUUCCAUGCUUGAUACGCCACCCGUCGCAACAACCCCAGACGAUGGUAGCGAUUUCUACAACACACCCUUGCCUGCGGGAACUCCAGUACCGAGUACGAUGACCGAUACCUCCACACCUGCCACUGAAGCCACUCCUCCUAUACAACAAGCCCCAGUGAUCCCGGGACUGAACCUGAUCAACAAUCCCAGCGACCAGCAACCCCCGCCAACUCAGCAAGUUAAGACCGAGCAGGAGCCGCAAAUUCCUACUGUGCAGCUGGAGAAGGAUGAACUUAUGGCCCAAUCCGAGGACAACAACACAGCCACCAAGCAAGAGGCUGCGGAAACCGCAGUCAAUCAGGCUGCCGACGAUGAAGCACCCACAACCACUGGGGAGGCUAUGGAGGUGGACCAAAAACCCAAGGAAAGCAACCUCGAUGCCAACAGUGGACUGAUCGAAAACACCACAAACGAGGAACAAGGGGAGGAAGAACACCCUGAGUGGGAGGUCGAUUCAUCUCCAUACGAACUACCCCAUUCUCACCCCGAAGAGCAGGCCAAGAUUUUGAUGCAGGCCGAAGCAGGCUCUGAUGAUGAAGGAGAAGGAAAGGGCAAGUCGGGAGGAUACAUUCGUUCUACCAACGAGGUUUUGGAAGAUGUGCUGCCAAUCCCGGAUGUUACGAUCACACCCGAAAUGCCCAUUGUACUACUGGGAAAAGUUAAGACUCUCAUCGAGAAUGCCGCUCUCAUCGAAGCCAGCACUUCGGGAGAGUAUCAAGUUCUGGAGUCGGGCUCAUUACUUUGCUCGGAAGAUCGCAAGGUUCUCGGCGUUGUUGCCGAAACCCUUGGCAGAGUCGAGAAUCCCUUGUACACUGUCAUGUACGCAACCGCCGCCGAGCCUACUGAACGAGGUCUUUCUAAGGAUAUGACUGUCUACUAUGUUCCGGCCCACUCGACAUUUGUCUUCACACAGCCCCUAAAGGGUCUGAAGGGAAGUGAUGCGUCUAACUUCCACGACGAGGAGGUUGCGGAUGAAGAGAUGGAAUUCUCUGACGACGAAGCGGAGGCUGAAUACAAGAAAAGACUGAAGCAGAAGCGCCAGGAAAGGAAGGAUGCUAGGGAUGGUGGUGGUGGACGUGGAAAGAAAGGACCGGCCGGUCCCUCCAAGUUGAGCCACGCCGAACUUAACUAUGACGAUGCAGGAGGCGAAGAUGUUGAGGGCACUGAGCGAGCAUCUGGAUUCCGUGGAGGCAGAGGUCGCGGCGGACGGGGCUCUGACCGUGGCCGAGGUGGUCGUGGCCGAGGAAGUGGAGGCCGAGGAGGAGGCUCGUACGAGCGUGAUCAGGACCGUCGUCCCCAGAGCCAGAGCCAGCAAGGGAGCAGCUCGCAGUAUGCACCUGCAGCACCUCAACACCAGCCUGCUGGAUAUGGCCAACCGGCAUAUCCUCAACAGCAGCAACAGCCUGCAUUCGGCAUGCCUCAGGCUUUCGCUCCAUACCAGCAGUAUGCGCCCCAACAGCAAGCACAGCUUCCUCAAGGCGCAACCCCGGGACAGUUUCCUUUCCAGUUCCCCUUCCAACAACCCUUCGCUCAGCCGAAUCCUUUCCAAUCUAUCCCUCCCGGUGCGCACAUCAAUCCGCUCUUCUUGGCUGCAUUGCAACAACAGCAACCCCAGCAACAAUACCAGCAACCCCAGCAGCAACCCCAGCAGCAGCAGCAAUUUCAGCAGCCUCAACAGCAAUAUCACCUACCGCAACAGCCCCAGCAGUAUCAACAGCCCCAACCGGGCCAGCAAGCUGCUCCUCAAGGACAACAAAUUCCUGCAAUGAACUUCGACCAAGUCAAAGCUCAGCUGGAUCUUCUACGGAGUCUGAGCAACAACCAAGGGCCACCUCCCUCUUGA